CGCGGCUGCAGCAGCUGCCGGUUCCUCACGGCCUCGGCGGCGGCGGCGCACUCGGAGCGGCCUGUGGCGCGGACGGACGGGCGGGCGGACGGACGGACGGGCGCGCGGCCCCGGCGGCUCCCGUCUGAGGCGAAGGUUGAGGCUCGACGGGGAGGAGGCGGCGGCCGCCGGGGACCAGACUCGGCGCCUCGGCCCCUGCGCCCCCCUCCUCAGCCCGUGGUCGCUCGCGCUUGGCGGGCCGGCCGGCCGGCGCCUCGCCUCUGCGCGCGGAGAUGGUGUAGCCCGGUCGCCCGAGCCGGAGCCGCCUCUGCUCGCGCGUCCCCGCGGCGUCCGCCUCCCCGCCUGAAGAGAGACCCUCCGCUCGGCGUCUCCCGCGCCGGGGAAGCCUCGGCGCCGCCGGCACCAUGAGUGAACAGAGUAUCUGUCAGGCAAGAGCUGCUGUGAUGGUUUAUGAUGAUGCCAAUAAGAAGUGGGUGCCAGCUGGUGGCUCAACUGGGUUCAGCAGAGUACAUAUAUAUCACCAUACAGGCAACAACACAUUCAGAGUGGUGGGCAGAAAGAUUCAAGACCAUCAGGUCGUGAUAAAUUGUGCCAUUCCUAAAGGGCUGAAGUACAAUCAAGCUACACAGACUUUCCACCAAUGGCGGGAUGCUAGACAGGUGUAUGGUCUCAACUUUGGCAGCAAAGAGGAUGCCAAUGUCUUCGCAAGUGCCAUGAUGCAUGCCUUAGAAGUGUUAAAUUCACAGGAAGCAGCCCAGAGCAAGGUUACUGCUACCCAGGACAGCACUAAUUUGCGAUGUAUUUUCUGUGGUCCAACAUUGCCUAGACAAAAUACACAACUACCUGCUCAAGUUCAAAAUGGCCCGUCCCAAGAAGAGUUGGAAAUCCAGAGAAGGCAGCUGCAAGAACAGCAGCGACAGAAGGAUCUGGAGAGGGAGAGGCUGGAGAGAGAAAGAAUGGAGAGGGAGAGGCUGGAAAGAGAACGACUAGAAAGAGAGAGGCUAGAGAGGGAGCGCCUGGAACAAGAGCAGCUGGAGCGGCAGAGGCAGGAAAGGGAGCACAUGGAGCGCCUGGAGAGGGAGCGGCUGGAGCGCCUGGAGAGGGAGCGGCAAGACCGGGAGCGCCUGGAGCAGCUGGAGCGCGAGCAAGUGGAGUGGGAGCGCGAGCGAGAGCGCAGAGUGUCCAAUGCUGCUCCAUCUUCAGACAGCUCCCUGUAUAAUGCUCCACUUCCUGAGUAUUCCAGUUGCCAGCCUCCUUCAGCACCUCCUCCAUCAUAUGCUAAAGUCAUCUCAGCUCCAGUGUCAGAUGCCACUCCUGAUUACGCUGUAGUGACUGCUUUGCCACCUACUUCCACACCCCCUACACCACCACUGCGACACUCAGCGACACGUUUUGCAACAUCUCUAGGUUCAGCCUUCCACCCUGUUCUUCCCCAUUAUGCUACAGUUCCUCGUCCUCUGAACAAAAACUCUCGACCUUCUUCUCCUGUGAACACACCCUCUUCUCAGCCUCCAGCUGCGAAGUCCUGUGCCUGGUCUACUUCCAAUUUCUCGCCCCUCCCUCCAUCUCCUCCGAUAAUGAUUAGCAGUCCUCCUGGCAAAGCUACUGGCCCAAGGCCUGUCCUCCCCGUUUGUGUCUCCUCUCCUGUGCCCCAAAUGCCUCCGUCACCGACAGCACCCAAUGGGCUGCUGGACUCUGUAACAUACCCAGUGUCUCCACCGCCUACCUCAGGGCCAGCAGCGCCGCCUCCUCCGCCACCGCCGCCUCCACCGCCACCGCCACCGCCGCCACUGCCUCCCCUCGCCUCACUCUCACACUGUGGAUCACAGGCUUCUCCUCCUCCAGGCACCCCUCUUGCCUCAACUCCCUCAUCCAAGCCCAGUGUUCUCCCUUCUCCCUCUGCAGCUGCCCCUGCCUCUGUGGAGACCCCUCUAAAUCCUGAGCUGGGAGACUCCUCUGCUUCCGAGCCAGGCUUGCAGGCAGCCUCUCAGCCGGCCGAGACGCCAACCCCACAGGGCCUUGUCUUGGGACCACCUGCACCUCCACCACCUCCACCCCUCCCACCAGGCCCUAACCACACCUCAGCACUCCCUCCUCCCCCUGGACCUCCUCCACCACCUCCACUUCCAUCCACUGGGCCUCCUCCACCGCCUCCCCCACCCCCUCUUCCUAACCAAGUUCCUCCCCCUCCUCCUCCACCUCCUGCCCCUCCCCUCCCUGCAUCUGGAUUUUUCUCUGGAUCCAUGUCAGAAGACAAUCGCCCUUUAACUGGACUCGCAGCUGCAAUCGCAGGAGCAAAACUUAGGAAAGUGUCUCGGGUGGAGGAUGGCUCUUUCCCAAGUGGAGGGGGUACUGUAGGUGUGAACUUGGCCUCAUCCAAAGGAGAUGCUGGUCGUGGGAAUGGACCCCUUCCUCUAGGGGGGAGUGGCUUAAUGGAAGAGAUGAGUGCCCUGCUGGCCAGGAGGAGAAGAAUUGCUGAAAAGGGGUCAACAAUAGAAACAGAACAAAAAGAAGACAAAAGUGAAGAUUCAGAACCUAUAACUUCCAAGGCCUCUACAACAAGUACACCUGAACCAGCUAGAAAACCUUGGGAGAGAACAAACACAAUGAAUGGCAGUAAGUCACCUGUCAUCUCCAGACGGGAUUCUCCAAGGAAAAACCAGAUUGUUUUUGACAACAGGUCCUAUGAUUCAUUACACAGACCCAAAUCUACACCUUCGUCACAGCCCAGUGCCAAUGGAGUCCAGACAGAAGGACUCGACUAUGACAGACUGAAGCAGGACAUUUUAGAUGAGAUGAGAAAAGAACUGACAAAGCUGAAGGAAGAGCUUAUUGAUGCAAUCAGGCAGGAACUGAGCAAGUCGAACACUGCAUAGAGAAGCAAACUGAGGAGAGACAGGACUGAAUCUGGAGAAAAACAAAACUUCCUACAAACAACUGUUAACACCCCCUACGAUUUUUAAGCUGUGAGAAGAAACUGGAUACACAGUCAGGAGGGAAAAACGCGCCAACCUCUGAAAACCUUCAGAUGCAGCAACUCUGAAUCAGCUGCGCCCUCCCAGCGUGCUGCUCUUGUCCUGACCUUUACUGCAGGAUGAAGAAUUGUGUUUGAGUUCCCAAGCAGUACUAAACCCGGCAGGCAAGAAGUAUUUUCAUGUCUGGGUGAAACUGCACGUUUUCCACAAUCCAUUGCUAAAAUAAAGAAGAGAAAGGUUUAGGGGGUUUUUAAGAAGGCGCUGAUGAAGCAUUUAAUUUAGCAAGUUCUGCUGUUGCAUUGUAAACGUUUCUCUCAGGUUUGUCUUCCUAUCAUAUUUGAUAUUCCAUGAAGAGUUAAGAUCAUAAAGUAUGGAACAUAUGGAGUUGUAUGUGCUUUCAAAGGGUGGUAUUUAUCAGAAAAGAAAGGUCCUACAAUGUUUAGCCCCACUUGAGGAAUUUUAGAAUGAUAGGAAGUCUUUCGGGUUAGCCUUCAUGCAGUUUUGUAGUUUAAAACAAAAUCCGUCCAGAAUUUAAAGAUUUAGAUGCCUUCCUAAAUUGUUACAAUGCUUUACCAAAUCUAUGACUUAUAUAUAACAAACAGUGGUCAAAUGUAAAACAUUCUAUUAUAGAUUUACUGUAGGUUUUCAACCUUUUUUAGACUUAUGCAUGCGGACAUUUUUAUAAUAUAAUUACAAUCACCACAAAGUUAGCUUUUUUAAUUACAGACAAUAAUGCAUGUCACACUAAUAUGUAGUGGCCUUUUCAAGGCCUAGUCCCAGGGAAAAUAUUUUGUAGAAUAUAGGGAAGUGGGAGGACGGGGAGGAAUAAUUUUUUUAUUUAAAGUUAAUUCUGCACUAUCUUUUUUUCUCAAUAAUCUGCAUGAAUUAUAAUGAGAAACACCUUGUGACUUUAAUCGAUAAACAUGUUAACAAAACCAAGUACUUAAUCUUUUACGUCAUGUCUUCAGCUGUUUGUAUUUUAACCAGCAAUUUCAAUGGUCUGAAGCAUGAUUCUGAGCUUCACACGAGUUAUGUCUCACUGUGAAACUCAAAAGUUUGAUCCCUGAAUUUAGCAGUUGCUGUCACUAGGUCCCUGCAGUGCUGUAGGUGUUUGGGUACAUGCUCCUGACUUUGAAGCUGCUCUUGACCUUUGCUGUGCUAAAAUACAGAAAAUAUCAAUGAUGGCAGCAAUUAGGGUCACAGGAAUCACCAGGUAACGGGAAACCAAUGGGGAAUUCUGCAGUUUUCUUUUAGUAAAACUGAAGUGAGACUUAGGAAGGGUCUGAUGCUGUUAGGCCCUGACAGGGUGUGUGUGUGUGUGUGUGUGUGUGUGUGAGAGAGAGAGAGAGAGAGAGAGAGAGAGAGAGAGAGAGAGAGAGAGAAUGUGAUGGGGAUGUGUUCUACCCCUUUAUGAUAUAAUUGGCAAGGUUAAAAUAAGGGAGAAAUCCUAUUUGUUGUAAUGUUAGCUGCUUUUUGGAAAAUCUAGGAAAUCAAAACUUCUCCAGGCUCUCCAUCACAAUUUAUGCUUGAGUUAUUAAUGUGCCAUACUUGCUUUGGAAUCUUUUACUAAAAAAGAAAAUGGAAGAAAUAACCCACUUUAAUUUGCUUUCUAGAUUUCAGACUUCUCAGUUUUAAAAUAAACUUGGUGACCGCAUGGUUUUCUAAACACUACAGUUCACAGUCAUUACAGAGAAGUCGAAUGAGGAUUUUUUCUUUUCCUUUUUAAGAGUUUGUUUCUGUAGAAACUUCAUUUUUAGAUUAAACUGUGAGGGAUGAGCUAUCAAAGUUCAAAUACACAGCUUUUUCUACCCAUUGUUGUCAUGCAGUAAUAGUAAAGGUAUUAAUGAUGUGGCAAGCUUAUAAGUUGUUCUCUACAAGAAAUAGGCGUUUCAUUUUACUGUUGAACUUGGAUUAUGCAGCUACUUUAAUAAUGUAAAUGUGUACAUCCCUUACAGAUCUGAUCAAAAAUCACUUGAUUUGUUGCUGAAGUGAAAUAGUCUAUAGUAGGUAGGUAGAGUACUGGAUAUAAGUGGUCCAAAGUGAGACAGAGUACUAAAGGCAAAUGCUAAGUCCUAAAAGAAACUGGUUUAUGCACUAAACGUUUUGUGCCUUGGUCUAAUAUUUAACACAAUGUCUGUGUAAGAUGAUAAAAAAAAAAAAAAAGAAAAGAACCAGUGUUGACUCAUGCUAUAUCCUCCAUAAUAUUGCAUUAUCCCACAUGGCUAAAUGUAUUCCUUCUUAGAAGCUUAAUUGGACUAUUCUAUGCGUUCACUGUCAUACAUGACAGUCUUGUCAUUGUUAGAGAUUUCAGUGAUUAAAAUGGGAAACAGAAGCUUAGGUUAUUUUCCCGAAACCGUUCCUUGGAAGCAUGUGAUGAUGAUGGGUUUUGCUUUUGUGUGUUGAAUGUCUUCAGCUGAGUACAGUUUAGGGACCCUUUCUAACUACAGGAAGGCACUGCUCUCCUCAACACUGUGAUCUGACCUGCGACAACUCCGUACAACACACUUUGUGAAUGGCUAGCAAGUCGAUAGUGAACUAACUGAAUGUACAAACCUUAGUGCUGGUGCUGAAAUCUCUGAAGAAUAGUCGUCAUGAUCUCAAAGUUUGUCUAAAGACUUACAGACAUAAAGUGUCAAUCAGAACUAAAGAUGAAACACUGAUGAAUGUUGAAUCCUCAUGCUGCAGGUGUGUUUCCUGUUUAGGUUUUUCAGUUCUCUGCUGUUUUUUUACCAUACCUGUUUCAUUUAAAUUUCCUACACGCUAACUUCAUUUGUGCGAUUGAAAUAAAAUUUCAGUAUAUACAUGUUUCUUGUUUGUGACACUUAGAUGACCUUCUGAAGUAAUGUGUUAAUUCUAAACCGAGUGAUACUGGGUGAAAAUUAGCACCUAAUGAAGCCCAAGGCUUCAGUGUUUACAGUUUACACAUCAUGCCACUGUUCUUUAAGAUUUCAUCAAAAUCAGGAAUAGUAAAUAACACAAAGGGAAUAUGUAAUGAUCUCUCUGCCUUUUAUUUUGAAGUAAGUGUUGUGUGUCCUUAUAUCUUACAUUUUCUCAGCACACCUUGACAUAGUUUCUUUUAUAGUCAGGAUGGUGAAAUAUGUUUUACUCCAUUUUUUUGUUCUAGAGCAUGAUCAUAUAUUUCAUCUCUUACACAGCACAGUUCAUUUUUGUUCAUAUAAUUUGCAGAUUAAAGGCUAUUGCCAAGAAAUUGACUUUAAAUGUAGUAGUCUGUACUAUCUGUAGUGUUUUUCUACAUUAUACUGAUCUCUUUAUAUUGCCUCUGUGUCUGUAAAGCUCAGCAUUUUUAUCUAUUAUAAAGUAUCAGUUUUGAGUUCCAUUUUGAAACUGUAAUUUCUUCAUUAGAAGUACAACAGUCUUGUAUUUUUUUUCCUUUUCCCAGACCCCCGCCUCUACCCCAAGCUGUCCUCCUCCUCCUUUGUGAACUGCGUGUUUCUGGCUUUAAUUUGCAGCCAUUAUGUAGCCAGUGUCGUGAGAAUGCCGGCUGAUUUUUCCUUGUGUCCUAACUCACGUUCCUGCCUUCUCUACAUAUUAGUCACUUCUCAUUCAGAAAUGAAUUAAGCAGCAGAUGCUAAGCUUUUCGGUUUCCCUGGCUUAGGCUACCGUUGCCUAAGUUUAUCCUCUUUUCAGUGCUGCUGUGAAGAACUCAUGCUUUUAGGCGCAGGGCCUGUGAAGGUGAGCUGCAGGACGUGUAGUUGGUUCAUGUGGCCGUGAGACUUGUUUGAGCCCUUUACCGUGGUCUCUGAUCCUGUGGACAUAACCCGCAAUCCAGUACUCUGGAGACAGAAACAGGAGGAUUUUGAGUUUGAGGUCAGACUGGACUGCAUAGAUAGGCUUAGUCUAAAACAAAACCAUCAAGUCCUAUGGGUCAUAGCAUGAAAAUGAUGUUGUAUAAGACAGUGUAAAGGGAGUGCCUGUCCAUUUAUCAAGUUGUGAGAAAAAACAUUUUCCUAAGACAUUUUAUUCUAGUUUUCACCUCCAAACUCCAGCCUGUUUCUAGUAGUUUCAUUUUUAUUUUUAAUAGAAUUGGUAUCUGAUCAUCUCCCCAGAGCUCUGAGAAAUAUAAAAGGAUCCUAAGAGUUUACUAGAGUUGAUUCCUCUGGUGUUUUGUUAAGAGCCAUUUACCCAUUUCUAAGUUCAGUGCUUCUUCUGAAGUCAAAACUUGCCGUAUUUUAAGGAGUUUAACUAAACGAUUAGUCUGGUCAGUAUUUUGUAUGAAGAUCGUGGAGACGAUGUACUUAGCAGGAGUUGUUUUUUGUUGAGCAUACACCCGUUUGACUGAGAAGCUAAAAUUUGCAAUCUCUCAAGAAAAGCCAUCUAUUUAUGCCAAAUAUUCUUGGGGGUAGGGGAACUGUGAUAACAGUUUUUCUCUAUUGCCAACAUCAGAAUAGGCUGUGGAUUAAAUCUCAUUCCCUUGUGAAUUUUUUGAAGUACCUUGAUGAUUUUUGAAGUACCAAGGUUCUCUUUAAUGUCUUUGGUGUGGGUGAAUGUGUACAUGGAUGUGCAAGUAGAGACCAGUGUUGACCCUCGCCACCCACUACUUUUGAGACCAGGUCUCUCAUUGCCCCUUGAGAGCUCAAAUUCAGCUAGCCCGAAGGAUCCUCCUGUCUCUGCCUCCUCGUGCUGGCCUUCCUAAUUUGUGCCACUGCACGCAGCAUUUUUACAUGGGUUCUGGGGUCUAACUGUGCUUCCUAAGGAGGCACGUUUUCAGUUUAGCAUAGCUUUCUUGCCUUGCCCCUUUUUCCUUUAUAUUUUAAUGUUGGAAAAAUGAAACGGUCCAAUUUUUAAAUUCUUAUGGUUGAUUAGUUGAUUAGAAAAGAAAGUUAAAUGGUACAGUAUAUUUAUGGCAUAACAGACAGGUACUUCCCAUCAGUAGAGUACUAGUGAAUAGGCAACUCAUACAAGGAAAACUGAGCUUUUUGGCAAAAAUGUAAAUUUGAAAAUGAAAUUAAUUUGUAAAGCAACAGUCACUGAAAGGGUUAAAAGUGACUUGGUCGUGGUGACUUGAGAUGAUAAAAGGAAUUUGCUACAGACAUUGAUCGUAUCCAUUGAAAUCUAAAGAUACAGAUGCACAUGAGGAGCAGGGGGUUGAGAAAUAGUGUUUCCCUUCAGUUAUAGAUGCUUUCUGUUGUAUAAACUCACUGAAAUGUUAGCACCAUGUGCGCCAGGCACCCUAGGUCUCCAGUACUUGCUCGUUAACAUAUAGGAGAGAGAAAAACUGAGGCAUCCAUUAAGUGUUUGGACUGGAGAUCUGUCACUGUACUCCAGUUUGAAGGUUACUAGGUACUCAUCACACAGCCUUAGAAGGUUCUGGUCACAAGCAUACCGCUGAGCUCAUCACUAAAUCCAGCCCUUUCUAAACAUAAGUUAAUCUGUUGUAAUAGAAAUUAGAAAUGCCCAUGUGCUUCAUCAAAGAGCUAUUUGUAAGUGACCAUUUAUUGUUCUGUAAAUCUGGUUUAGUUGUCUCCUUUUGACUCCAGGAAGAUUUCUUUAGCAGUAGAUAAUAGACUCCUUUUCUAAAAAAAAAUUUAGCCGGGCGGUGGUGGCGCACGCCUUUAAUCCCAGCACUUGGGAGG